GGAACCCGGAGCGAGGCAGAUUUCUGUGCUAUGCCUUGUAUGACAAAAGUCCUCUCACCAAGAAUACUUUUGCCUUGACACUUGUGGACAGUCAGACCAUAAAAAUACUGCUAAGGAGUGCUAAAGUGGCAAUGAAACAGCCCAACAGAAAGAGGAAGCUUAGUAUGGAUUCCAAAGAGCAUUUGAAUCAGGAUGGAUGCUUGGAGCAAGGUGAGGAAGAUAAGAAGCCCAGAGAUGGUGCCACCCCAUUGAGUCACGUCCCUUCAAUGGCUACACAGGAAGCAUGGUCGUGGGAGCAGUACUUGACAGAACAGAAGGCUAUAGCUGCACCAGUUGAACUGUUUUCCAAGGACCAAUCCUUUCCGGAGCAUGAAAAUGGUUUUCAGGUUGGAAUGAGAUUAGAAGGCAUUGACCCCCGACAUCCAUCUGUAUUCUGUGUGCUUUCUGUAGCUGAGGUGUGUGGUUAUCGCCUCAGACUUCACUUUGAUGGUUAUUUAAGCUGCUAUGAUUUUUGGACCAAUGCCGGUUCCCCUGACAUUCAUCCAGUAGGGUGGUGUGAGAAGACCAAACAUGAAUUGCACAUCCCUAAGGGUUAUAGAAAAGAUAAAUUUGUUUGGAUGGAUUACUUGAAGGCCUGCAAAUUGCAAAAUGCUCCCAAGAAAUUAUUCAGAAACAGAAGUUCUAAUGGGCCAAUGCCUAAAGAAUUUCAGGUUGGAAUGAAGCUGGAGGCUGUCGACAGAAAGAACCCUUCCUUGGUGUGUGUGGCAACCAUAGCAGAUAUUGUUGAAGAUCGCUUACUAGUGCAUUUUGACAAUUGGGAUGAUAGUUACGAUUACUGGUGUGAUGUAAAUAGCCCUUAUGUUCAGCCAGUUGGUUGGUGUCAGGAGAACGGAAGAACUCUGAUAGCACCCCAAGGUUAUCCUGAUCCAGAAAAUUUUUCCUGGACAGAGUAUCUGGAAGCUACUCAAACGAAUGCCGUUCCUGCCAAAGUUUUUAAAAUGCGGACACCCCACGGUUUUCUGCCAAGCAUGAGACUUGAAGCAGUGGACAGAAGGAACCCCAGGCUCAUUCGCGUGGCUACAGUCAUCGAUGUGGAUGACCAGCGGGUAAAGGUUCAUUUCGAUGGCUGGGACCACAAAUAUGACUACUGGAUGGAUGCAGACAGCCCUGACAUUCACCCAAUUGGGUGGUGUGAUAUAACAGGGCAUCCACUGGAAAUCCCAUAUCGAGCAAAUGAUGUGAAAAUCCUUCCAGGGCAAGCUGUUUGUCCUACUCCAGGGUGCCGAGGAAUAGGCCAUAUCCGUGGUCCACGGUAUUCAGGACAUCACAGUGCUUUUGGCUGCCCGUAUUCAGACAUGAACCUGAAAAAGGAGGCAACUCUUCAUGAUCGUCUGAGAGAACAAACACAGGCAAAUUUGGAACCCGACUCUUCACAUUCGAAACCAAAGAACCUCUGCGGCUUGAACUUCAAUGGAAAACAUGAAAUGGUGAACAGUCAGCCCAGACUUGUACAGCAGGCAAAGUGUUUGAAAAUCAAAGGAAAAGAAGAUAUUGACUUGGAUAAUCUCUUCAGAGGAGGGGAUAGUGGAAAGAGCUUGACGAGACAAGAAGAGAUUUGUGUUCUAGUCCCAACCCUACAGACAAAAUACUCGGCUGAGCAGACACAGCAGGCGCUGCACCAGUCCAUCUUCAUGUCCUCAGUGUCGGCCCACCCCUUCCGGGACCUUCCCCUGGGCAGGGAGCAGCACUGCAAGCUCCUCCCGGGCGUGGCCAACAUCCAGGCCAGCGAGGUGGCCCGAUGGACAGUGGAUGAGGUGGCUGAAUUUGUACAGUCUCUCCUGGGCUGUGAGGAACAUGCCAAGUGCUUCAAGAAAGAGCAGAUCGAUGGCAAAGCCUUCCUGCUUCUGACACAGACGGACAUCGUCAAGGUGAUGAAGAUCAAACUGGGUCCAGCACUGAAGAUUUAUAAUUCUAUCCUCAUGUUCAGGAAUUCCCAGGACCUCACUGAAGAAGACGACUCUCUCUCAGGCCAAGAAGCCAGAGGAUAAACACACCACCUGAACGGCCAUGGCACCAGGACCUUGUUCUUGCAGCAAUAAAACUGGCCCACAUUAAUUUGAUUUGAAUGUC